CAGUGGGCGGACAAUAACGUUGGUACUUGUUUAUCCAGGUCGACAUAAUACUUUCGUUUUAGUUUAGUGCGCUAAACAAGGCGAGCGGUCGUCAUAAACAUGAAGGUUCCAGCAUUUUUGCUUGUCCUGGCUGCCGUUUACUGGGUAGUGGACUCCAAAUUCAGUCCACCAAAAGUUCAUGUUUACAGCGCCAACCCAGCAAUGUUUGGGGAGCAAAACAUGGUGAUCUGUCACGUGAGCGAAUUCCAUCCCCCUGACAUCCACAUCAAGCUGUUCAAGAAUGGAAAGGAGAUCAAGGAGGCCGUCCUGACCGAUCUGAGCUUCAAGAAGAACUGGCACUUCCAUCUGACCAAGCACGUUGAGACUACACUUGUGCAAGGAGACAAGUUCAUGUGUGAAGUCAUUCAUGGAACAAGUGCCUCAAAAUACUUUGACUGGGAGGUCAACAUGUAAGAAGAGGUCCAGUGAUCUGUGACACCUAAGAAAUGCACUAGCCAGCAAAAAUAACGCAAGAAUUUCACCUUUCAUUCCGUCACAUCCUCCAUUGAUCUGUGACUGUAAAGCAAUGGUUCUCAAACUUUUUUCAGUGAUGUACCCCUUGUGAACAUUGUUUUGAUUCAAGUACCCCCUAAUCAGAGCAAAACAUUUUUGGUUGAAAAAAGAGAUGAAGAAGUAAAAUACAGCACUAUGUCAUCAGUUUCUGAUUUCUUAAAUUGUAUUACAGUGCAAAAUAUUGCUCAUUUGUAGUGGUCUUUCUUGAACUAUUUGGAAAAAAAAGAUAUAAGAAAAAAACAAAAAACUUGUUGAAAAAUAAACAAGUGAUUCAAUUAUAAAUAAAGAUUUCUACACAUAGAAGUAAUCAUCAACUUAAAGUGCCCUCUUUGGGGAUUGUAAUAAAGAUCCAUCUGGAUUCAUGAACAAUUAGGGUUAGGGUUAGGGUUCUAAAAAUUUUUUCACAAAAAAAUAAAUCUUUAACAUCAAUAUUUAUGGAACAUGUCCACAAAAAACAUAUCUGUCAACAAUAAAUAUUGCAUUGUUGUAUUUUUUUCACAGUUUAUGAACUUACAUUUAUAUUUUGUUGAAGUAAUAUUCAAUAAAAAUAUUUAUAAAGGAUUUUUGAAAUGUUGCUAUUUUUAGAAUAUUCCAAAAAAUUCUCAAGUACCCCUUAGCAUACCUUCAAGUACUCCCAGGGGUACGCGUACCCCCAUUUGAGAACCACUGCUGUAGAGGGACAUCGGGAUUGGGGGGUUUUUUAUUUGCUGUCUUCAAUCAAUCAUAUCACACUUUUAAUUAUUUUAAGGCACUAUCAAGUUUUUGCUCAUGGCAACUUUUUUGCAAUGAAAUAGGGUCAAAGGAAAUGUUUGAUUAAAUGUUAGCCAAUAUAAUCAGUUUGGAAAAUAAAUCUUGGAAAAAUGGAAAAAUGGAAAAAAAAUGUCACAAACUUUCCUAAUAAAAAAUGUUCCAUCUC